GUUUGAACCACAGGUUUGAACUGUUUCAACGGGAGUCAUGGCAAAACGGACGGAGUAGCCACUGCGUGGCCUCGCAAUCCCAGCGACCCGACGAGCUCACAAAGCGGUGCUCGGAAGACGACCCUCCCAAAGCCGACGACGCGCACUCACCUCUGUGGACAGCGAAGAAACAUCGUCGCACUGUGACAACGGCGACUAGUGCACGGCAUUUAUUUUUUGUUGGCGUUCGUUUCAUAAAACCCGUCUAUAAGGAGCUUGUGACCACCCUGAAAGGCUUGACGAGCUAUGUGCUCGUAUUCAUGUUGGUGCCACGAGGUGGGCCUUUCGGGCAUGCCAGGGAGGAUGAGAGGCUGUCCCUAAACCGCCUACUUGUACAAAAAGGUGUUGCCCUCGGCGUUACCAUAGUGAAUGUCGACCGACUGAAAUGUAUUCUAUUACACCUGUUCUUUUAUAAGCACUCAGCGAUGGAUACAGUUGUAGACACACCUGUUCCUCAACCGAGGCAACAUUGUCAACCUCGACAAGCUGGCUACCGACCAGUACAACGUGUGCCUUGUCUGCGGCAUCCAGCGCCUUGCAUUUGCGCUCGGCAAGGCACUCGCAAAACUUUAUGUCUGGAAUUCCUCAUGACCUCGACUUUAACUAAGCUCCCCUUCGUUCACGUCUCCGGUCUCCGCUGAAGAUAAGCGCCACACAGCGGAAUGCGGAGAGAAAAGCCAGCAGGCGUCGCAAAGGGGAGCUGCUUUUUCUAAGGCGCUAGAUAGCUUACUCGCCCACGGUACGACUUGCAGUGGCUGGAAGUUAAUAGAAAAAAAAAAUAUAUAAAUAAUAAAAGGCACGAACAGCUCUAAAGUCUGGACACUCAUUACAUCGGGUUUUCAAGCCGACGUCAUAGGCAGUUAUUUGUGUACAAAGCUGCUUCAUCUUGGGGUGGCAGAAGAAAUUUUAGGGGAGGCGCUUGCCACCCCUCGCCUUCCCUUGGCGCCGUCCUUGAUAGGGGGGCUCGCACACCAUUGGUUGGGUAGCUUGCGAACCAUGUCGCUGAGUGUCAUUGUUGAUGUGCACUUUUUCCCAUAAGAAGAAACAAAGUCAAUCAAAGCAUCAAGCAAAAAGUUCAGUGCCUAAUUAUGAAUGCUACAAACAGAAUAUUUGGAAGCCUUUUUCAGCUUAGGCCAUUCUAGAUGGUUCAAUUUUAUUUUCUUAAAAAUUGCUUUCAGAAGCUCUUUACAGACUGGUGCAGAUUACAUACCCGGGGUUCCCAAACCGGGUUCCAUAGGCUGGUCUUUUGGAUUCCGCAAGCACCCAAAUAUAUUUCAUUUUUUUUAUGGAAAAGUGAGGAACUGUAUAUUUGUACUCAAAUGCUAUGUAUACCAUGAAAUACCGAGCAUCCGCCGAUUCCACACUAAGCGCCCACCCCUAAAUGUUGUAACAUCUAAAAAAAUAUGGACAGUGGAAAUAUAGAUAACAUUGAUAGCAUAUCAAGUGCCCGUCUCCCACUUCUUUGCGAUGAUCUCCGGAUUUGUAGAGGGUGCCUGAGCGUUACUUUACGACAUAUUUUAGGGUUGUACAAAUAUUCUAAAAUUCAGAAUAUUGAAGCGAAUGACACCAUAUUCUACUCGCACUUUGAAUUAGUGAGGAGUAUUCGGCAAAUUUAAAUAUUUUCAAAGUAUUUCUUCACCGCUAUACACCGCCGCAACGCACCGGUGUAUAGC